ACAGAGCCAGGCGACGUCGUGGUGGCCCAGGAAGCAUGUGGCUGUGGCGCUGGCGGCCCUGAAGACUCUCUGGCUUGCGGGAAGGAAUGCUACGGUGGGCAGUGCACUUGGAAGGUGGGCCGCGGAGGGUGAACCACGCGGCUGUGGCCGUCGGACACAAGGUCUAUUCCUUUGGCGGAUAUUGUUCUGGAGAAGACUAUGAGACUCUGCGGCAGAUUGAUGUCCACGUUUUUAACGCAGUGUCUCUGCGGUGGAUCAAGUUGCCUCCAGUGUGGACCAACAGCCGAGACCAUGUGAGAGAGGUGCCCUACAUGAGGUAUGGGCACUCAGCAGUGCUCAUAGACGACACCGUCUACAUAUGGGGUGGUCGCAACGACACUGAGGGAGCCUGCAACGUGCUCUAUGCCUUUGAUGUCAACACGCACAAGUGGUUCACGCCAAAGGUGUCUGGAAUGGUCCCAGGAGCGAGAGAUGGGCACUCAGCUUGUGUCCUGGCAAAGAGCAUGUUUAUCUUCGGAGGCUAUGAACAGCUGGCUGACUGCUUUUCAAAUGAUAUCCACAAAUUGGACACCACGAACAUGAUGUGGACCUUAAUCUCUGCCAAGGGUACACCAGCUCGCUGGAGAGACUUCCACUCAGCUACCAUCAUUGGAACAAAGAUGUACGUAUUUGGUGGCAGAGCUGAUCGUUUUGGGCCAUUUCACUCCAACAACGAGAUCUACUGUAACCGCAUUAAAGUAUUUGAUACAGAAACAAACUCCUGGCUGGACUCCCCUCCAACUCCGGUGCUUCCUGAAGGCCGACGGAGCCAUUCGGCAUUCAGCUACAACGGCGAGCUCUAUGUGUUUGGUGGCUACAACGCACGCCUGAACAGACACUUCCACGACCUCUGGAAAUUCAAUCCAGUUUCUCUGUCUUGGAGGAAGAUUGAGCCCAAGGGGAAGGGCCCAUGUCCUCGACGCCGGCAGUGCUGCUGCAGAGUGGGGGACAAAAUCAUUCUCUUUGGAGGCACCAGCCCGUCUCCAGAGGAGGGAAUGGGUGACGAAUUUGACCUGAUGGAUCACUCGGAUCUCUACAUCCUCGACUUCAGCCCCAGUCUAAAGACGCUGUGUAAACUAGCAGUGAUUCAGUACAGCCUGGACCAGUCCUGCCUUCCCCACGACAUCAGAUGGGAGCUCUCGGCCAUGACAACAAACAGCACCAUCAGCCGCCCCAUCGUCUCGUCCCAGGGCUGA